GACAGGAUUGUGGAGUUGAGCGAAUACCUUAUUGGUGACCGUCAAUUCGUUACCAUGGGACAGGGUCCUUCGCUUCCAGGCCCACCGGGGACUAAAUUUCGUGUCAUUGGAGCUGGAAUGUCACGUACCGGAACUAAAACUCUCAACGAAGCUCUUGCCAUUCUCCUCGAUGGCCCUGUCCACGAUUCUGGCAUCCAAUCUCUCGGAGGUACAGUCGAUCAGAUAAAAGCUUGGCUCGAUAUAAUGGAGCUCGCCCCGAGAGCCCGGACGUUCUCAGAACAGAAAAAGCUUGAUUGGCUUAUAUCCGACGUACUCGACGGCUACGUUGCAACCAUGGACUGCCCCGCUGCGACGCUCACCCCUGAAAUCAUGCGAGUCUACCCUGACGCGAUCGUAAUAGCGACGACAAGAGACCAGGCAUCCUGGUGGAAAAGCAUGAACUAUCUAAAUAGUCUGAUGGGAACAUGGUACCUCCCUAUCGUGGUUCUAUGGCUGCACAAGACCCAAGUGUACGGAAUAUGGCGCGAACGGUUCCAUCACAUAAUGAUGUGGCGUUACGACCAGGAAAAGAUCGAGGAGGAUACCCUUCGCAGGCACGAGGAGCAUCUAAGGAAAGCUGUACCCCCAGAAAAGCUAUUUUUCUACGAAGUCAGCCAAGGAUGGGAGCCGCUGUGCAAGAUUCUGAACGUCCCUAUACCCGAUCGCCCAUUCCCACAUAAUAAUAGCAAAGGCGAUGCGGCGCAAACAUUCCGCGAUCACAUAAUAGCAGGCUUGGUGUCAUGGAUAUUCAUGCUUAUGGUGGUGAGCAUGGUGAUCUGGUUUGUAAGAAAUUGGCUUAUUCAGCGUUUCUCGUGA